AACACAACAUUCAAAGCUUUUAGCGAUUCUUCUCUCUGGAUUCAAAUCUUCAUCGUUCUAAGCUCUCAGAUUCUUGAAGAAGCCAUGGCUCGCACGAAGCAAACCGCGAGAAAAUCACACGGAGGAAAGGCUCCAAGGAAACAGCUCGCUACCAAGGCGGCGAGGAAAUCUGCGCCGACUACAGGAGGAGUCAAGAAGCCUCACCGUUACCGUCCCGGAACCGUCGCUCUUCGUGAGAUUCGAAAAUACCAGAAGAGCACAGAGUUGUUGAUCCGUAAACUUCCCUUUCAACGUCUUGUUCGUGAAAUCGCCCAAGAUUUCAAGAUGGAUCUGAGAUUCCAAAGCCACGCUGUGUUAGCACUUCAAGAAGCUGCUGAAGCAUAUUUGGUGGGUUUGUUUGAAGACACGAAUCUGUGUGCCAUUCAUGCAAAGAGGGUUACAAUUAUGCCUAAAGAUGUUCAACUAGCAAGAAGGAUUCGUGGAGAGCGUGCUUAGAAUCGAAUUCAAUCAUGAACUAUUAAUAUUCUAUUAGGGUUUUGGUGUUAUUCUUUUGGAUUGUUUUUGCUGCUUUUAACAAAAAUACAUUAUGUUCUUAAAUUUUCUUUGAGAGAUUAAUUGGUUAUUGAUGAUAUUAAACCUUCAUUACUCUC